AUGUGUAAUUUGCCGCCGAAGUUCCAUUCAGUGUGUCGCCUUUGUUUAUCAUUCUGUGGCGAUAAUUGCAGUGAUGUUAAACUUCCAAUUUUUGACCGUGAUAAGGAUAAAUCACGUCUUUCCGAGAUGAUAAUGGCAAAUUUGUCAAUAAUGGUUUCCCCUGAAGACUUGCUGCCACAAGUCGUGUGUGGGGGCUGUGCACACAAACUUGAUGAAUUUCACACCUUCCGAGAAUUAUCACACAAAUCUGAACGACUUUUGGAACAGUUUUUGCAAUAUGCUAAUUCACUCUCUGGUCCAAAAGAGGAAGUCCUGAACAUAACGGCGGCAAAAUUAGAAGAAAUAAUCAAGCCACUGAGCGACCCCGAUUACGAGGAUGAUUUAAAACACAAAUAUGCAGAGAUCGGCUCUCCAGACUCGACUGAGGAGAUGAAGAAUUUGGAGAGCCGGCAAGCGGCGGUCACACUACUACAAAUAAAAAAUUACGACCCAAGUAAAUAUGUGGUCAAACAAGAAGAGGAGCCUCAUAUAAUGUUCAACAGCGUACAGAGUUUACCGCCCUCUGACAGAGCGAGAGAGGUGAUGCACUGCAACUCCGUCAUCGAUAUUAUAAACAAGGCUGUGGCGGUGGCUCGGGAAACCGAUGAGUCUCCAAAAUAUGCACAGAACUAUACGGGUGUCAUAGACAGGACACACGCGGCCGGCGCGGCCGAGUACCAGCACGAGUACCCGGACGAGCAGUAUGCGUACACCGCGCCACAGCACGCUGCCAGCCCCACGAGCAACGACGACCAUGACAACAAAGAGAUGGACCUCUCCCUAUACAGUUCUGUCAAAAACGAGCCCAAUGACCCGACUGACCAGCAGGACAGAGAACACUCGAGCACUUACUUCCACGGCGCCCUCGCACACAAAACAAACUUCGUUGAUGAGUACAAGCAACAUAUCUACGGUCGAAACAAAAUGAAAACGUCAAAAGAAAAUUCGUCGGUAUAUGAAGAUUGUAGUCGGAGUAGUAGUGGGUCAGAUCCAGACAGGCUUCAGAUGGACAUAUCUCAGAUGUCGCAGGACGACCCUGAGGAGACGCAAUCAGCACGAUCGACCCAGUCUUCGCCGCAACCCGCUAUGGAACACGAACAAGAUAAGGAAUCCCUCUGGCAGGCCCUACAUAGACAAAACGGACGUAGCGGAGAAGCGACACAGCUACUACGGCGGCUAAUCAACAGCAAGCAGCUUGGCAUGACGGUAUCUCCACUGAGGACGCCGGCCUCACCACUAUCCUCAACUGUACAACAACCCAUCAAUGGCUCAGUCUCACCGAAUGGCGAAUGGACAAGUUCAGGUCGCGGGUCGAGUGUGGCCGGCACUGCACGAAGAAAACAAAGUUUCCCAGCACGAGCACAACCUAUUAUGGCUGUGGACCCGCCCGCCACGAACGCGCAAUGGCCACAAACAGCAUCUGAAAAUCAGGAACCUCCAGAAGGGUCAUCGACUCCUGAGGAGCAGGAUCAGGUCGGUCGGGGCCGCGCGUGGAGCUAUCGUGCAGUAACUGCGGCACGCACACCACCACAAUCUGGCGCCGCGACGCGCGCGGGGAGAUGGUCUGCAACGCCUGCGGCCUGUACUUCAAGCUGCACGGCGUGCCGCGCCCCACCGCCAUGCGCCGCGACACCAUACACACGCGCCGCCGCAGGCCGCGGCACGACGGCAAGCAUACUAAGAGUAAAUCUCGCCGUAGCGGCGGCAGCGUGGGCGGCGCGGCGUGCGAGGCGGGCGAGGGCGCGGGCAGCGGCGGCGAGGGCGCCGAGGAGGCCGUGCUGCAGGCGCUGCGCCGCCAGCUGCAGCCGCAUCUACUGGCCGCGCUGCACGCGCGCACCGCGCGGCCCUCGCACCACCACGAACAGGUCGGUAUAAGCGCCCCGGACUACGACGAGGCGCCCCUGAACCUGGUCGCCAGCCACGUCGCCGCCGCCGAAGAGACUCACUGA